AGAAGAAGAAGAAGAAGAAUAAGGAAGAUGGCGGCUGCAGCAGUGGUUGAGUUCCAGAGAGCUCAGUCUCUCAUCGGCACGGACCGCAACGCCUCUAUCGACAUCCUCCAUUCAAUAGUGAGACGAGAUGUUCAAGAGAACGAUGAGGAGGCCGUCAGGGUUAAAGAACAAAGCAUCCUGGAGCUGGGGACGCUCCUGGCAAAGACGGGACAAGCUGCUGAACUUGGAGGCUUGUUGAAAUUCGUCAGGCCUUUCCUGAUUUCCAUCAGUAAAGCCAAGGCGGCCCGACUCGUCCGCUCCCUCCUGGACCUCUUCCUCGACAUGGAGGCGGCCACGGGGCAGGAGGUGGAGUUGUGUCUCGAAUGCAUCGAGUGGGCCAAGGCAGAGAAGAGAACCUUCCUACGACAAGCUCUGGAGGCUCGACUGAUCUCGCUGUAUUUUGAUACUAAAAGAUUCCAGGAGGCCUUGGCUCUCGGCUCUCAGCUGCUCCAGGAGCUGAAAAAGAUGGACGACAAAGCUCUUCUUGUGGAGGUUCAGCUGCUGGAAAGCAAGACGUACCACGCUCUCAGUAACCUGCCCAAGGCCCGCGCCGCCCUCACCUCAGCCAGAACCACCGCCAACGCCAUCUACUGUCCACCAAAGCUCCAGGCAGCACUGGACAUGCAGUCAGGGAUCAUCCAUGCAGCAGAGGAGAAGGACUGGAAGACGGCCUACUCCUACUUCUUCGAGGCCUUUGAAGGUUACGACUCCAUCGACAGCCCCAGAGCCAUCACGGCUCUCAAAUACAUGCUUCUGUGCAAAAUUGUGCUCAGCUCACCAGAGGAGGUUCAAGCUCUGAUCAGUGGUAAACUGGGCCUGCGAUACGCCGGCCGACAGACGGAUGCACUGAAAUGUGUUGCCCAGGCCAGCAAGAACAGAUCGUUAGCAGACUUCGAAAAGGCCCUCACAGAGUACAAAGCUGAACUGAGGAACGAUCCGAUCAUCAACAUUCACCUGGCCAAGCUGUACGACAGCCUGCUGGAGCAGAACCUCAUCAGAGUCAUCGAACCGUUUUCCAGAGUGCAGAUUAAACACAUAUCAGAUCUUAUCAAGCUAUCAAAGAAUGAAGUGGAGAGGAAAUUAUCCCAGAUGAUUCUGGACAAAAAGUUCCAUGGAAUCCUCGACCAAGGUGAAGGCGUUUUAAUCAUAUUCGAAGAGCCCCCGGCGGACAAAACGUACGAAGCAGCUUUGGAAACGAUCCAGAACAUGAGCAAAGUCGUGGACUCGCUUUACAACAAAGCCAAGAAGCUGACAUAGAGCAGAAUGCCACGGCUGCGAGAGGAAGAAACCGUGUGUUUCAACCAGCAUGUGUAACAUUUUUAAAGUUGGGGGGGGGGAGCAACAAGCCGGACUCUCCAUCACACUUCCCUGAACGGACAGUCUCAUUACUUCUGUUUAUUUUCUUUUGUUUGUUUUUUAUAUCUCAGUACAGGAUUCUGUAAAACACUCAGCGGCCAAAUCAGGCCAUCAGGGAAUAUUGUACAACCACAAGAACGUUAGGUUUAGGAAUACGUCUGAGUUUCUGUCUGCUGUCAGGUCGGUCCUGGCCGUCGCAACCUCAAAUGUGCAACGUUGACCUCUGUGGCCUCCCCUUCACAUGGUUUUUGGAAAGGGGAUUCUCUUUGGGAUGGUAAGUUUUGGUCAAAGAGCUCCCUCUCGCUUCUUACUUUAUUCCCCCUCCACCGUAUCGAUGCCAACAUUUGAGUCCCCGCCGUCUUUCAGACGCGUUAAAAGCUUUGGUUUCUGGUUUUCGUGCUUUUUGUUUUAGGGGAAAUAAGAUUGCCACACGUCUGGCUCCCCCUCCUGCUUUUUGUAAAUUUAUAGACGGUAUGUCAUUUCACCACCAGUGCCACGUUUUUUGGCGCUUGCCUCGGUGUUUGGGUGCAAUGUGAAACCGCCGGGCGGAGGUGGAGGCGUUUUCGUUGCCUCCUAGCGUCUGAGUUUUCCCGAGUGAACACUUCUUCGUUGGUAGUUCCUAGCGUGGUCUGCCAGUAACCAAACGAUUUGUAUUGGUUUGAUUUGGGUUUUAUUUUUCUCUUACAGAAGACAUUUUCAAAAGAAUAAAUAUUUUGUAUUUUAAAGAUUUUGUGUCGUCUCUGAUGAGAUAACCCUGCUGUUGCGAAGUGGAUGAGAAUAGUACGGAGUUCACUCCACUUGGUCAAUAGAGCGUCUUUCUUUUGGUCUUUUUAAACGGCUUCACGUGAAAAUUCAUUUGAACUGUUUUGGAUUUUUAUUUCCACCUGAAGUGUAAAACUACAGAAGUUUUAAAAACAAAAAUGAGCUAUUCCAAAAGCCGAAGCUGCCAAUGUAUUCAUCUUUUUGUGUUAGAAUAAUAAAAUGAAGAUGUUCAUUUUAAGAGUUCAAAAGGAGACGUACUUGCCCCUGGACAUGUUAAAUUUGUUGUGGAGAAAAUUUGAGACAAAAUAUUUUUCAUUAAAUGAU